AACGCCAGGCUCGGCCGCCGUGCGUACUGCGUGACACGUACGUGAAGUCGUCAACACUGCAGUCUUUCAGUAGCAGCUGCAGUUGCAGACAGACAGCAGCACGCCCAGCGAAACAUCUGCACUUUCCACCGGCAGACACUGAAGAAAAGGAAGGGAUCCAUCAUGGCGGCUGCAUCUUCCCCACUGGACCCAGACUUGAUGAGGGAGGUCCUGGAAUGCCCCAUCUGCCUAGAAACCUACAACCAGGAGCAGAUGAGACCCAAACUCCUGCAGUGUGGUCACACAGUGUGCCGCCAGUGUCUUGAGAAGCUGUUGGCCAAUACCAUCAAUGGCGUCCGCUGCCCCUUCUGUAGCAAGGUCUCUCGUAUGAGCAGCAUCUCCCAGCUGGCUGAUAACCUCACGGUCCUGAAGAUACUAGACUGCGCCAUGUCCUGCAGCGCUGCGGCGGCAGCCCUCUUGUGCAGGUCCUGCUGCAACCGCCUGCCACGGCAGUACUGCCAUGACUGUGUCACAGUUCUCUGCGAGCCAUGCAAAGAGGAGGGCCACCUGCAUCAAGGCCACUCAGUCCAGCCGAUAAGGGUGGCUGCCGAACAGCGUCGUAAAGAACUGGGUGGUAAGCUGGCUGCCCUCCGUGACGUAAUGGGGGAAAUUCAGAAGAAAAAGACAGCAAUCGAAAACAUUUCCAGGUCCUUGAGGCUAAAGUACCGCGCGGUUCAGCAGGAAUACACUACGGCUGAGCUCCGUCUUCAGGAGGAGCUCAGCAGAUCUAGAAGGACGUUCGCGUCUUCCAUGGCAGAAGUGGAAAAGCUCAAUGCACAGGUCCUGGAGGAUCAGACAUACCUUCUUAAUAUUGCAGAGGUAAAAGUGGUGUCACGUUGUGAUUAUCUGACAAUGCGGGUGAGGCAGAGCGAUAUCGCCUUGCUAAAAGAUGAUGGUGGAGGCAGUGAUGAUGAGGAUCUGGAUCUGAGGAGUAGUUUACCCACAAUGUUUCAGCUGCAAGAGCCUGAACUUGUCAGAACAGAAAACUCUAAAUCUUUAGAAGUGGGCCAGAUGACCACAAACACUUACACUGUCAACACAGAUGAUGAGGAGAGUAGGCUAGAAAUGGCACUUGAAGGUGUUAUAGAUGGCGCAGCUGGGGCUACGGGGGGUGCAAUGGGGGCUCCAGUGGAUCUUUACAGGGAUAUUGACAUGGUUGCAGCUGUGGAGGAGGCAGUAUGUGGGUCACCAAGCAGCUUUAAGUCAAAGUCCAUGGAUGCAGGAGGAGGAUCACCUGGGCCAGCUAGGGCAAGUUCAGGUCCCCCAAUGUGCCAGUUUGUAAAGAAGAUGGGCUCUAAGGGAAGUCUGGCUGGCAUGUUCAAUCUGCCAGUCAGCAUCUGUGUAACACCACAAGGUGAGGUGCUGGUGGCUGAUCGCGGCAACUAUCGUAUCCAGAUAUUUAACCGCAAAGGUUUCCAGCGUGAAAUCAGGCGCAAUUCCAGUAGCAUUGACAACUUUGUCUUGAGCUUCCUGGGGGCUGACCUGCCUAACCUCGUCCCCUUAUCCAUUGCGGUGACACCUCAAGGGUUGAUUGGCGUCACUGACAACUACGACAACUCGGUUAAAGUCUACACCAUGGACGGGCACUGUGUGGCUUGCCACAAGAACCAGCUGAUUAAGCCGUGGGGCAUUACUGCCAUGCCGUCAGGCCAGUUUGUGGUGUCAGACGUGGAAGGUGGCAAGCUGUGGUGUCUAGCUGUGGACCGCAACGUAGGCGUAGUCAGUUACAGCCGAUUGUGCUCCGCUGUCCGGCCAAAGUUUGUGACCUGUGACGCAGCCGGAACGGUCUACUUCACCCAGGGCCUCGCCCUAAACUUUGAGAAACGCCACAACGAGCCCCACCUGGAGGGGGGCUUCUCUAUUGGUUCAGUGGGUGCCGAUGGGCAGCUUGGCAAACAGCUCAGCCACUUCUUCUCAGAGUCAGAGGACUUCCGCUGUAUCACUGGCAUGUGUGUGGAUGCAAAUGGGGAUUUGCUGGUCACAGACAGUGGCAGGAAGGAAAUCCUCCAGUUUCCCAAAGAAGGUGGAUUCAAUGUCCUGAUACAGGAGGGGCUGACCUGCCCCGUGGGAGUGGCCACCACCCAGAAAGGACAACUGUUGGUGCUGGAUUGCUCGGACCAUUGUGUUAAAGUCUACACAUACAUCCAGAGGAGGCAUUCCUCUACUUCCUAGAGGGACAGUGCAUUGAGAGGUUUUGCUUGGGUGUGUUAUGCGUCUUUAUGGAAGUGUAGAAAGAGAAGGAGUCCCGUUAUAUGUCACUUUAGUUUGCUGCACUCAAAGCAGACAAUUCUCACUUUAGCUUUCACUGGGUUAUUAAAUGAAUGUUACGGUCAGUACAGUUUAAGGCCAACUGGAUUUUAAUUUAAUAACUCAAAUUUAACCUCAUGAUUUUAAUGGAUCAAAACGGCGAAACAGACCUUGCAACAUUUUUAGAUCAAAGGCACUGACUGGCUAGGCAAAAGAAGCCACGGAUGUCAAAGCUGCUGAGGCGUAAAGUACAGACGACUUUCCUUCCUCCGUUACUGGCUGCAGUAUCCACCAUUAAGCCUAACUAUGGGUGGUGCAUGGCUUUCACCAAUUUGGCUCAGCUUUGCACCAGAGGAAAAAAAAAGAACAGGGGGAGGAAAAUGAGCUGAAAAUGAAGAUGUUAUUUACAUAUGAAAUAAAGCAUUACCGAGGCUUUCGGCCUGUGAAGCACUUUAUUAUCGACACGUCACUGUUUCUUAGUGUUUGGUUUUCGUAGCACAGACUAAUAUUGAUGUUGCUGAAUGCAGCUGGCAGCUUUACAGAUUACUGUGCAGUUAGCUAAAGGCGAAACAGUAACCAAGUACCAGCAUUCAUUGCAUAGCAUUCAGUAACAUUCAGGGAGCAUUAAAUAUAAAAUAUUGAGUUACAGAGAGCGGGUUUAAAUGGAAAUCACAACAUGAUAUGGAGAGAAUAUAGAACAAUAAUGAUUAUGGCCAUUUCCUGGAAUUCUGUGGAUUUCUAUUUUUUAUUCAUGUUGUCAGGAAAAAUAUUUAUGUUGGUGUAUGACGGAAAAUAAGGCAACAGUCUAUUAAAUAAAUCUAUUUAUCUUUAUUAAAGGUUAGCUAAGUUACUACAUUAAUGUAUUUUGUUUCUUGUAUUUAUUAAAACUGCCCAGCAAGCCUGUAUACAUCAGCCAAAAUACAAGUUUACAGUUCUCUGAGCAAAGGUCACUAAAAUCCACCAUCUGAUUCACAUACUAUAUUUUCAUUUAUUUUAAUUUAACGUUCUCUGAGACGCGGCGCCACUGUAAGGCACCAGUAAGAUUAAAUUCAUGUCAUCUGCUCCAGAUUAUAUUCAAGCUCCUCAGCGCAAAUCAUAGAGUUCACAUCAAUUUUAAACCUCUUUAUUCUGUUAACCCGCAGCACCGACAUUAGUACUGAGAAGAUACUCCUAGUUUUAGCCCUGCUACUCAGACAGAAAUGUGUCCCUUAUGAAUAGAGCAGAAACUUUCUAAGGACCCGGAUGGACCUUUGUAGCUCGGAGGCUCUUAAAAAAGUAAAAAGCGCUCCGCUCUUUCUAUUCUCAACGCUAGAUUAUACAACCAUCUAUAAAUGGCUUUCAACUGCUCUUCUGGCACAGAAUAAAUUCAGCACCCAGAUCACAUCAAGCAUAAGGAUGCAGCAGAUGUCUGUAACUUGAAUAAUGUCUGCCAACUUUUACUUAAACCUGACAUUUAUUCCAGACAAAAUCCUGCACGAAUGCCUUCUGGUUACGCGGUCUUUGUAGGGAUUGCAGAUGGCAGCAGUGUUCAGAAUAGCACAGCUAGGAUAAUGAUGACUGAAACCUCCAGCUUCACACUCCGAACCUGGCUGUGUUACACUGAGCUGGUUCUGUGUCUGACACCUGACAACCUGCAACUUGCAAGUGUUGGUAGAUGUGGCAACAAAAACAGCAGCCGGAUACAGUGUUUUGCUAAUUGGUGCAUAAAGUUAAUUCACAUAAAUCUGUUCACUAUCAGCGUUGUUUGUUUUUUUUCUAUCAUGUAAAUUUAUUACGUUUUUCAGCCCAAAUGAGGCAUAACAAAGACAAUACUUUCAGGUAAAAUAAUAAUUAAAGACACCUUUAAUCAAAAUAUUUAGUGGCCUAAAUAUGGGGAGUCAAGUUAAUCAUUGAAAUCCCUGUAACAAUACUCUAUGUAAUAUAUUCAAUGUCCAUAAAAGUCAUAAAUAUUAAAUGAGUAUCUUCCAGCCCAGAUUUGCUCAUUGGAGCAUUUCGCAAACUGACUUGUUUUCAGCCUUAAAAAGAAUUGAUUUCACAAAGCUGACCUUAACUCUGCACAUGGAGCCCUGUUACAAAGCAACACACAUAUCCAAGAGUCAAACUGUAUCAUAAACAAUAAGUGUUUUUAAAACGUCUAGAUAAGCGAUAAGGAAAACAAAUAGAACAGAAUUUAAGUAUUAGGUCAAGUCCGUCACAGUCCUACCCUCGUACUUUUAUGAUCCAUGUGACGUAUUUGUUUUGUUGUUGGGCACGCAAUGCCUUUAGAUUCAAGACAGACAGUCUCGGUUGCAUGCCAUCCCUGCCAUCGAAACAGAUUUUUAUUUUUUUUUGUGCUACACUUACUUUAAGUCAUCACUAGUAGUAGAUAAUAUUCAAGACUCUUUCGGUGACAGAAAAAAGCCUAAAAUGCUACAAAAAUCAAGUGUCCUUGUGUCCGUGUGGUGAACAUCAGAGUGUCUUCACGUCAUCUGAAUAUCUUUUAUUGUAUUUCCUUUGAGCAAAAGGCAAAUUUCCUUGCAUAGAGUUAUUCAUUUACAGUAUGCUACUGGUUUUGUUCUAUUACAUAUGCAUUAUAUGUCCACAAACCAAAUCUCCAGUGUCCUUCACGUACUGUCUUUUGAAAGCUUUUGAAUUUUACAAUGUGUUGAACACAUUGCUGACAUCUCUGUGUAGUCAAACCCAUGUUUGUAUUGUUGAUAAUCUGAGUGCAAUAAACAUCUAUGAAACAAAA